CUGGUAGGCACCGGACUAAUGACUUGUUCUGUUCCUCUUCCAUGGCGCCGCUGCUCUGGCCGUCGAGACCUCGGCCGUCCUGUUGCUGCACCAAGCUGCUCGACUCGGACGCUCCCCCGGGACCCCGAGCAGUGCGUCUCCACGGCCUCGUCGGCGCCUCCUUGGUCGCCUACAAGCAGAGUCUCGGUGGGAAGUCCGCUGCAGCCACCCACCUCGCCGUGGACAGUCAGCCUGCCCGGGACGUGCGCAGGACAACAUCGCCGCGAUCCACCGUUUGAGCUGCAGGAGAACUGACAGUGGUUUGCUCAGUAACCAGAUGUUCGUUUCUCUAAUUGCUUUUCCAGUUCCAGGCGCGUUCCAGUUCCGGCCUCGUUAGCAAGUCUCCGCGGCCGGCGAAGGCCUCCAGGACCUUCAGGACCUCCAGGACCUCCAGCUACACCACCAGCCCUCGCUCGCUGUCCUCGUCGUCGUCCUGGGCCCCGCCCUACUUGUGCUGGCACUCCGCGGGGGCAAACAAAUUGUUGCCAAGGGUAGGGAGGUAGCCUAGCCCCGCCGCGACUCAUGACUCGGCCCCUCAGGACCUCGGCCGCCUUGUUGCUGCAGUGCACUACUGUGUUCGACUCGGACGCACCCCUGGGACAUCAAGCAGUGCGUCACCACGGCUUCGCCCGCUCCCUCUUGGUCGCCUACAAGCAGUUUUGUGCCUUUUAGAGAGUCUUCUUCUGAGGCGCGCCUGGUGCUAUGCUCGCAGCCGGCGACGACACCAAGACUCCAGGACCCGCUCCGCCCCCGAUACCCGACAUUUUAGCCUACUAUGAACGCUGCUGCCUUCAAUGUUAUCCCGAACAACUGGAGAAAGGGAGAGAAACCAGUGCGCAGCCCGUGUGUGGAGGUGACUGUCACAAGGAUGAGAAGCAGAACUGGCGCAAGCGAGGGCCACAAGAGGAAGUAAGAAGAUGGCAUUUCAACCUUGCUGUUCCGCCAGAUGGAAGCCUUUCAACUGAAUCAACAAGACGACAAGAACCAUUCAACUGGAUCAACAAGACACGAACCUUUCAACUGGAUCAACAAGAUGACAAGAACCAUUUAACCGGAUCAACAAGUCAAGAACCAUGUAACUGUUUUCUUUGUAAUCACCUUCAUUCAUCUCUGUACAUUUCUACUGACUGGACUAUCUCUUGACGAUGACUUCUUAUUCCUGCCUGUUCCUGCCUUCCUUUUCUUGCAUCGUAGUGGAGUAUGUUUAUGUGGUGUUGGUAAUAACAUUUCGUUUGGGUUUUGCAUGUUUGUGUUGUGCUUGUAAUUUUAUUUGGGGUCUAGGAAUUCUGUGUAAUUUCUUCCUCUCUAACUUGACCAAACUUGACACUUUUCUGAAUAUCUGAGUCAUCUGCACACACUUCUAUCAUGCGUCGUUAAAUCAUAGUAAAACUGUAAAAUUCACUGCUGUAAAUGGUAUUAUUUCACUUAUCACUCUUACGUGAUGUGCUGGUAUGAUAUUGUUUUAUCAGUGUUCAGCAUUUUUCAAAUCAAUUCUUAUUAUUCAGCAGUCUAUGUACCCAUUGUUUUCCCUAGUUAAAUUGAGUCAAUACUACUUAUGUUCUGGUAUAACUGAUACAUGCCCAAAUAAUUACUGUUCGACUUGGGCUUUUGUCUUGUGUGAAAACAUGUGCCACUGUCUUGUCAGCCUGUUAGACAUGCAUUGUUUUAUCAUAGCGAAACUGUAGAACUCACUGCUGUGCUUGUAUGGAAUUGUUUUAUUGGUGUUCAGAAUUUUUCAAAUCAAUUCAUAUUAUUCAGCAAUCAAUGUGCACAUAUUUUUACCUUAGUUAAAAUUGAGUCAAUAAUAGAAUGUUCUGGUCUAACUGAUAUGCCCAAAUAAUUACUGUUCGACUUGGGCUUUUGUCUUAUGUGAAUCCGUGUGCCACUGUCUUGUCAGCCUGUUAGGCGUUAAUGUUUUCGUAAACAUAAAAAUAAAAACAAUUAUUUGAA